UUCCGGGCCCCUAACCAGUCCAAGCGAGGGUUUUGAAAUUCCUGAGUGUGCAGGCCUCGGAUGCGCAUGAGUAGAGGUUGAGAGGCCAGAGCCUGGCUAUCUGGAGGCCACCCCCGCAGAGGCCAUUACCCCUCUCCGCAACUUGUGCUGCACUUGGUUCCGCCGAGACCCACGACGGUUCCGCCCCCUUCUUCCUUGUCAUUGAUGUUGUUGUUCUUGUCAGUGCCGCAGCCCCGACCACCGGGAGCCCGAACCCGAGCCGGGGCCGCCCGGGUGGCGCGGUGGCGGCGGCAGCUGCGACGGCUGCGGCUGCAGCAGCUGCGACGGCUGCGGGGGCUGCUCCGGGGACUGCGGGGGCGGCCGAGGACCGGCAGCCUGCGGCGGGGCCGAAUGGCUCUGUGCGGACAAGCGGCAGGCGCCGCGUCGCUGCCCAGCGAGCUAAUCGUGCACAUCUUCUCCUUCCUGUCCGCUUCCGACCGGCUACGGGCCUCGGCCUCCUGUUCUCACUGGCGCGAGUGCCUCUUCUACCCGGCUCUCUGGCCCCAGCUCCGCAUCUGCCUCCGCGUCUCGCCCUCGGAGCAGCCACGGCUUGAAUUCCUCAUGCGCAAGUGCGGCUGGUUUGUGCGAGAGCUGCGCGUUGAAUUCGCCGCGGAGAAUUACCUGAGCGGCGGAGGCGGCCCGGGCGAUGGAGGCCGCGUCGACACCAGGACUGGCGGGGAAGAAGUCGAAGCCCUGCAGCUCUCAACCCGUUGGCUGGAAGUGCUACGCACCUACUUAGAGCUGGUGCUGUGCGUGCUGGUCAGCAUCCGGAACAACAGGAACCUCCAGAAGUUUAGCCUUUUUGGAGACAUAAGCGUUCUACAGCAGCAAGGAAGUUUGUCAAAUACAUACCUCAGCAAGGUGGACCCUGAUGGCAAAAAAAUUAAACAAAUUCAGCAGCUGUUUGAAGAAAUACUUAGUAAUAGUAGGCAACUGAAGUGGCUGUCUUGUGGGUUUAUGCUGGAAAUAGUAACCCCAACAUCACUGUCAUCUCUCUCAAACUCUAUUGCCAACACCAUGGAGCACCUGAGUUUACUGGACAACAAUAUUCCUGGUAACAGCACCCUUAUCACCGCAGUAGAACUGGAGCAAUUCGUGAAUCUACGCUCACUUGCCCUGGAUUUCUGUGACUUUACAGCUGAGAUGGCAAGAGUCUUAACCGAUAACAACCAUGUGCCUUUGCAGCGACUUUCUCUCCUGGUCCACAAUGUUUCCGUGAUGCACAAGUCUCUGGACAACAUGCCAAAUGAUGAGCAUUGGAAAGCCUUGUCAAGAAAGAGCACCAACCUCCGAGUCUAUAUAAUGGCUUUUGAUAUCAAGAGUGAAGAUAUGUUAAAGAUUCUGAAACCCAGUAUACCACUAGAGAGGAUUCAUUUUGACAGCUACAUCACUUGUGUUUCAGGAGCUAUUGUUGAUCUUAUAUCUAGGCAGUAUGACAAGUUCCUCACUCAUUUUAUAUUAAUGAAUGAUGUGAUUGACACAUCUGGUUUUCCAGAUCUUAGUGACAACCGAAAUGAAGAUCCGUUGGUUUUAUUAGCAUGGAGGUGCACAAAGCUCUCUCUUCUGGCAAUUCAUGGUUACACAGUGUGGGCACACAACCUCAUUGCCAUUGCUCGUCUUCGUGGCUCUGAUCUAAAAGUACUUGAAGUCACUGAAGAAAGCAUUGAUUUUGACCAAGGUGAACUGGCCGACCAGGAUGUGGAUCCAGUACAUAACCUUAUUGAGCAGGUAUCCCUGGGCCUAGGUCAACCUUGGCACGCGAUCAUGGACAUCGAAUCACUCAGUGUCUUCACUGAACCAAAUCGUCAUUUUUACAGAGAGAUGCAAAGCUUCAGCGAAGACAUUUAGCUUUUUUUAAAUGUACAAUUCCUGUGGUUACAUAUGCAAGUAGGGUCCUAUUACGUUUUUUUUCUUUCAGUAGUGUGAAUUAAUCCCUUUGUGCUGUGUUUAAUCAGUAUUAGCUUUAUAGAAUUAUAUAUGUAUAUUCUACUUCUUGAUCAAAGAACGUAGUCAGGUAUUGGUUUAGAAGUUCAAAGUGACAAUGUAUAGGGCUUUCACGGUUAAUGGACUUGUUACCAAACCUUAAGAAUAUACAACCGAAGGUUGUCUGAGGUUGCUGGCUAACUUUAUUUUUUCACUGAGUUACUCUGCCUUUUGAUGUUUUUAUUCUUUGUGUGUCAGAGCUCAGGAGCCAAAAUAUUUUUAUACAUAUAUAGAUAUAUAUCCAUAGCCUGGUGGAUUUGUAUGCAAUGCACUGCAUUCAUUCAUUGUGUGAUAGCAUUUCAUUAAUUUUUCUUUGAAAUGGAAGGAGGGAGGAUAAUACAAUCCCAAAUGCGUUAUCUUUAACAGAAAAGCCAAGCCUUUAACUUUCAUUACAUAUAUAAUAGUUGGUAUCACCAAUUACCAUUCUCAAUUUUGUAUAGUACUAGGUUAGAACACUGCUGAAUCCUUUUUUAAAUGCAUUUACAUCAAUACAAAUACUCAAAUUAUUGGAUUUUUUUAAACUAUGUCUGACAUAAUUUAAUUCAUCAAUUACAUCAUACAUUCAAGUUAGCUUUUUAGCCAAGAUUUCAAAUAGUGGAGGAAGAAAGAAACAAUAUUCCAGGGUAAAACCUCCUAAAUGAAUAUCAAAACACAGAGUUUGUAAACACACAUGCUUGCAAACAAACAUUAGUCGUGAAAUCCCUAGCAACAAGUCACUGGAUUUUUCUCUGUCAGCGCGCGUGUCAGCUGCCAAAGAAUAGAUUUAACUGAAGAAGUGCCCACAUGCUGGCAGGGGCUGGCCCACUCUGGCCAGCCAGAUACUGCUAGAUUGUAAUAUUUAAGGUCGAAUUUCGACCUGUGGUACACAGCUGUGCUGUGGCUCAGUCAGCAACCUCAGAACUCUGAAAAACAAAAAAAAAAACAAAACAAAAAAAAAAGAAAAAAAAACCAUGCACCUGUUUCACUGUGAAUAGUGAAUGUAAAGGAAAGAAAGGAAAAACUGAAAGCUUGUUCUAUCACAGGUAUGAGCUGCUAUGUUACAUGAAGAACAUUCCAUGAAGUAUGUUUUAAAACCUUGUUAUAUCUGAGAGGCUUUAAAAGCCGACUUAACUGUUUCAGGGCAACCGCGGUACAGACGUGGUCUCUGUGAGACUUCCACCUGACCCCAGUUUUAAGUGGUACGAAUGUUGUGCAUUUAAUGUUAAAGGACAGUCUGCAAUAAUAAAGUAAGUAGCCAACGUGGGUGCCCAGCAGUGCUGAGACCUGGCUGCUCUAGUGUAAGCUUUGGAAACACAAUUUAUGCAACAAAUGUCCAGAUAUGAUUCUAUUUAUGGAAAAAGUUUAUAUGUAUUUUACAAAUGGUUUUACCAUCUUAUAUUAAAAUGACCUUUUGACAGGUGUGCACUGUUUUGUCUCCAGUGAGCACAUACCAUGCGGAUUUUAUAUGUACAUCAGUAGUGUGAAUCCACUGGCACAGUGUGUGUAAAUGCCAGAUGUGGUGAGAUUUUAUCUUAUAAAUGUGAUCAGAUAAAAUAACUCCUGACAGAAACUGUAAGGAAACCAGCUGAAUGUUUGACCUGAUGACUGAUGUUGUUGUAUGGUUUAUGUUAAAUGUAUAUUCUUUUAAUCAAUGAAUAAAGCAUUAAAAAGUGAUCACUGUAACAUUUUAUUGUUCAUGAAGCAUGAAAACCUUUAGUGUUAAAUAAACUGCAGUAAUCCUUAUAAUGUGUAUAAUCAUGUUAGCUCCUAUUGUAUUCUGAUGCAGCAAAGCUUAAAUUUGAGAAUAUAUCAUAAAACCUGUAGGCAGAAUAAUUUGGAGGGUUUUAAUUUUUUUUAACUCACUAUGGCAAAACAUAAGCUUAAAAGCAAACAACAGACUGUUUAGCACAAAAUCCAAGUGUAUUAUGCAUUUAGAGUACAUUAUUUAUAUUGUAAAACUUAAUUUAUAGACUAUAGGAACUUCUUAUUUUUAAAAAUUCCUCUACUGGGUGAAGAAAGUACUUCAGUAUGCCAGUACUAAAUAGUUCUUAAACCCUUAUACUGCUUUAGUUUGGCUUUGUCAUCUCCAUUCUUGGUUGCUGAGGCAAACUGCUGUGGUUGAUGAGAAAGAAAACGGCUGCUUUUCUUUCUUCCUUCUCUUCUUCCCUAAUCGUUCCAGACACUGCCUCUUCUAAGCACUGCCUCAUCAUGGAAUAAUCUGGUGUUCACAAAGAACUGUCAUUAUACCUAUUGCUCCCUUAUUUCAUGGACAUAUCUAACCCCUUUGGAUGAAUCAACAUGUCUGUGUAUUUAAGGACUUCCCAGGUGGCUCAGUGGUUAAGAAUCCGCCUGCCAGUGCAGGGACACGGGUUCGAGCCCUGGUCCGGGAAGAUCUCACAUGCCACGGAGCAACUAAGCCCUUGCACCACAACUACUGAGCCUGCGCUCUACAGUCCGCGAGCCACAACUAUUGAGCCCACGUGCCAUAACUACUGAAACCCACGCGCCUAGAAACUGUACUCCGCAACAAGAAGCCACCGCAAUGAGAAGCCCACGCACAGCCACAAAGAGUAGCCCCCCGCUCGCUGCAACUAGAGAAAACCUGCGCACAGCAACAAAGACCCAACGCAGCCAAAAAUAAAUUAAUUAAAAAAAAAUGUCUGUGUAUUUAAAAUACCAAAACAGUACCCAAAACAUAUGAAAAAAGAAAGUCUAUUAAUAUAUAUAUAUAUGUAGUAUACAAGUGAAGUUGCACAUAGCAAAGCAGUAAUCUGGGAGUGUCGACCUCUGUUUUCUCCACUAAGCUCUGACUCUAAUGCUACAUGAGCACAGACUCUUCCUUGAGCCUCACUUUCCUCAUCUGUGAAAUGAAGGAUUCACCUUGGUUACCUAAAACUGAUUCUUUAUUGAAAGUUUCAGCUGUUAGGCUGACAGCUUAUAGAAAUGUACAAGGUCAUCUUUGAACAAACGUAUUAAAUAUUUUCAAAACACA